AUGUAAAAUAAAUCAAAUUCUUGUGCAGUGUGUUCACUUAAAACAACAUUUGGUUGUUCUUAAUGUAAAUCAGUAUUUUAUUGUUCUGUUGAACAUCAACGUUAACAUUGGACUAUUCAUCAAUCAUCUUGUCAAUCUCUUAAAAAUUAAGAUAAUAAAUUAAUAGAUGAUACUAUUAGUAAGAGUCCUGCAUCAAAACCAUAGAAAUUUGAAAUCUAAUAAACAGCCUAACCUAAAUCAGAUAAGAAAUUGAUUAUGAAUGAAAGAGACAUAUUAAUUGAAGAUCAUGAUCGUUACAGAUAAAUUUCUAUAAGAUUACUCUCUUAAAGAGAUUAUUAGGAUGCAAUCUAAUAAAUUAAGAAAACAAUAGAAUUUGCAUCAAAAUUAGAAUUGAUUGGUGGUAAAGAAGACACCUAUGAGAAAAUUGCAGAUUAAAUGUUAUUGGUUAGAGGUAUAUAUUAUAAAUAUAUAAUAAUAGCAUAAAUCAAAUUACUUGAUUUGGAAACAGCUAGAAAAACACUAAUUUAAAUAUUUGAAUAGGUUAAAUUAUUGACAUAAACAUCAUUAAAAAAUGAUUAAGUGAAAGUUUCAAAUAUACUCAAAGUAAUGGCAUAAUUAUUUUAUGAAACUGGAGAUUAAAGAUAAUGUGAAUUAGCUUAUGUUGAAUAUACUUUAAUGAUUGAAAAAUGUUAUGGAGAAGAUGUAUUAAAUUAUUAUAAUUAUAUUAGAAUAAUUCAACAGGUAAUGCUUAUUUUUUGGUUGGAACAUUCUAUUUGUAACAUAAACAUUACACAUAAGCUUUAGCUUGUUUUAAAAGAGCAUUAAAUAUUCGUUCUAAUAUUAAUCCAAAUUUAGAGAGUGUAAGUGAUUGUUGGUAUAAUAUGGGUGUAAUUUACAAAUAAUAAAAUAAGAAGGAUCAAGCAAUUGAUUUUUUAGAAAAAGCAUUAAAAUUAAGAAGAUAGAUAAUUGGUUAAAAUUCCUUAUAGGCAGCUGUUUGUUUAGAAACUCUAGGGAAAUUACAUAUAUAAUAUAAUGAAUAUCAAAAUGCUUAUAGUAGAUUAUAGGAAUGUUUCAAUAUAAGAAAGUAACUUUUAAAAAAUCCAUAACAUUAAGAUAUUGAAAGAGUGUCUAAACUAAUUUAGAUAUUAUAUUAAAAACUAUAAGAUCAAAAUUAUAACAAAUAAAAUUCAACUCUUUAAGCAACUAUUUUAGAGAAUAAUUUCAAUAGGGUUUUAGAAAUGGAAGAAUCAGAAAAAUAAGAGAAGAGUAAUUCAUCUCCUUCAAGAAAGAGAUCUUAACUUAAAACUGAUUAAAAAUUAUCUUAAUUAUUGAAUAUAUCUAGUAAUCUUUUAGAAUCUUUUAGUAUUGAUUAAUUGAUUUAAUUGAAAUUAUUACAAUAAGAAUUAGUGAAAUAUAAAAAUAGAUAAGAAUAAUAAUAAAUAAUUAUUGAUAGUUAAUUCAUGAAUACUUUAUCAUCAAUUUAAUAUAAUUUGUUAAGAGAAUAAAAUCCAUAAGUGUUUUAAUUAUUAUAAAUUAAUAAACCAGAUGAAUAAUAAAGUGAAUAUGAAAGUGAAAGUAAACCAUCAAUUGAUUAGAAAAUGUAGGCUUCAAAUCAAGGUAAAAUAUAAUUGAGAUGAUUAUAUAUUUAAUAGAGCAUUUACAAAAGAUUGUCCAACGCCUAGGAAGCUUUCGGAAAUUAUUAAACUGAAGUUUAUAACAAUCAAACUGUAUUUAUAUUUUUAUAAUGUUUAAGGAUGUAAAAGAAAGAAGUGAUUCAAGAAAGAAGACCUUUACUUUUUAUUUAACUAAAUAAUGAUUAUUGUUAGUUAUAAAUUAUUUAUAUUACAAUGAGUUUAUAACCUAGAUUAAGUCCAAAGAAUUAUAAAAAGUAUAGCAUAUUCAAUGAUUCAAUCAAUAUAAGGACAUCUCGUAAUACAAGCUUUGAUUAUGAAUUUUAAAAGAGAAGAAAUUCUAAUAUAAGGUUCAAAAAUUCAGGCAGUGUUUUGAGAGGUUCAAAAGCUAGUGACUUUAUGGGUAAUCUUAUAGCACAUUUUUAAUAUGUAUGUAUUUAUAUUGACUAUAAUAAUUAUAGGGUUAAAAUGCAUUUAGAGAAAAGAAUUUGAUUGAAGCUAUUAAAUACUAUAACGAAUGUAUAUUAAUAGAUUCUCUACAUAUACCAAGUAGAUAUAUGUUGGGAGUGUGUCAUUUCUCUUAAAAUUAAUAUGAAAAAUGUAUUAAAGAACUUAAGUUUGUUAAAGAAUAAUAGCCAAAUUACAAUAAGAAUGUAUAUAUAAUACUUGCACUUGGUUAUAAAAAAUUAAUGUAAUUGGAUUGGUCAAUUAGAACUGUAUUAAUUUUAUAGUCAUAAUAGUUAGAUGAAUGUUUGCAGUUUUAUCCUUAAUGUUAUGACGCAUUGAUAUUCAAAGGUAAAUUGGAACUUAAAUUAAGGAGAUUCUAAGAUUGUGAAUAAACAUUUAAAUCAGCAAUAAAAAUUAAUUCAAAAAGAUCAACAGGAUAUCAUUAUCUAGGUGAUUGUUAGAGACUUUAAAAUAAUUUGGAUUAAGCAAUUAAAAAUUAUUAAAUAGCAUUACAAUUUGAUACAAGUGACAAAUCUAAAUUGAAUAUACUAAAAAUGUCUAUAUGUCUUUAUGAAAUGGCAAAUUAUAAUUAAGCUUUAUAAAUGAUUGAUUAGGUAUUAAUAUCUAUUAAUUAGUAUUUAAGUCAAGAUGAAUAAUCAUCUGAAGCAAAUAAAUUAAAGGGACAAAUAUUAUACAAAUUAGGAGAAAAAUAAGAAAGUUAAUUAUAUUAUGAAUAAGCUAUUUAAAAUAAUAAUUCAAGGAAUGCUGUAUCAAAAGCUAUGAUAGAAAUUAGUAAAUUUAAAAUAGAAUCUAAAGACUUUUAUUCUUUAUAUCAUACUCUUUUAAGAGUUGAAUUUUUGGAUGUUGAUAAAUAAUAAUUAUAACCUUAUAUCUAAUUCUCUGAGGCUAUUGUUUGUUUAAUGAAAAAGAAUUAUAUUUAAGCAGAUGAAGCAUUUAAAAAUUUACAAUAAUUAGAUAUUCCACUUGUUAUUUAAGAGAUAUAUCAUUCAUAUAUUGGAUAUUUGAAUAUGAUGCUUAAUAAUUUUGAAUAGGCUUUAAAAGAUUUUAGAAAAAAUAAAUCAUUACCAUAUAAUUAAAUAAUAUGUGAAGGAAUUAUUAAUUUUAAUUCAUUUGAAAUUGCAUAUUCUAAAUUUGAUUAAGCUUUAAGUUAUAAUUAGAUUGAUCCAAAUAUGUAUAAAGCAAUUUUAUUAAUAAAAGAAGGAUUAAAAUAAGAGAAUUCUGAUUAUGUUAAUAAUUCAUUAUAAUGUUUAAUUAGAGCAUAAUAGUAGAAUCAAAAUAAUUCAUAAUUGAUGUAUUUAAAAUCAUUAGCUUAUAUGUUAAUGGAUAAUGUUGAAGAUGCCUAUAAAGAAAUAUUAACAACAAUAGAAAAAGCAGAUGAAAAUUUAGCUGAUCAUUAUUAUUUGAAAGGAUUGAUUUUAGCAUUAAAUGGAGAUAUCUUAAAUGCAGUCUAAGAUUUUUCAGUCUGUUUAGGAAUUGAUGAUUAAUAUUAAAAAGCUUAUUUAUAAAGAUCAAAAUGUUAUUCAUAUUUAGGAGAAAUGUAAUCAGCUUUUGAUGAUAUGAAUAGCUAUAUAUAAUUUGUAGAUGACUUUUUAAGUGCUGGUAAUCUAUUAUAUAAUAGUAAAAUGUAUGAAGAAGCAUAUAAAACAUAUAAAUAAGAACCUAAUUUAACUAUUGAACAUAUAUAAUAGAUAGCAAUAUGUUUAUUUUAAUUAGAAUAAUUUGAUGGUGAAGAAUUUAAGGAAUUUAUUAGAGAUAAACCAUUUGAUUAAAAUAUGAUUCUGGCUUAUUAACAAAUACUUAAAUAUGAAUAUGAUUCAGCUAUAUUAACAUUAUAAAAAAAAGUUGAUUCUCAAUCUUCUUUUUUCUUUAAUAAAUAAUAUCUUCAUUAAUAUAAGGGCAUUUGUUAUUUAUAUUUAUAGAAAUAUUAAGAGGCAAUCUAAGAAUUUGAAAGAUGUAUUUAAUAAACUAAAUCAGACACUCUUAUUUAUAUAACAAAUUACAAUAUUAUGUUUUGUUGGAUGAUGUUAAAGAAAUUUAAAUAUUCUCAUACUUAAUUAGAAUAAUUAAUUAAAAUUUCAGAAUAAAAACAUGUAUUAUUAACUAUUAGAAAUCUAUUAAUUGAUUAAACUGAAUUUACUUUAUCAGAUAAUCCAUAAGGAAUAGAAAUUAUGUUAGCAGAUACAAUUAAAUUAUAACCAUUUGUAUCAACAUAAUAUACUAUUUAUCCAUAUUUCUCACUUCCAAUUGCAAAACCAAAAGAUAUAACUCCUUAAUUUGAUUUCAAAAUAAUUGAAUCUUUAAAUGUAAUUAAUAUAUUAUGAUAUUGAUUUAGCCAUAAUCAAUUGAAUGUAGACCUGAAGCUCCAUGGAUUAGAAGAAAUGAGAAUGGUGUUUUAUUCACAGAUAAUUUGUAGUAAUGUGAAUUAAGUUAAACAGAGAAUAGUUCUCCAGAAAACUGA